UAAAUUGAUAUACGAAAAUUAGAAAAUUUUAACGGUGAGAAAGUGCUUUUAGUGCGUGUUUACAAUUAUCUACAAAUCAAAACAUGGAAUUUUGAAAGAAGUCGAAAAUAUGUGUUGUAUUGAUUAUUUCGUGUAUUUUGAAGUUCUAAAAAGGUGACUCACGUUUUUUUUGUAAACAGAUAAGGCGUGUUUCGCCUUAAUAAACUACGAAGUGAAGUGAACUCCAUAAAGUGUGUUUGUUUUCAGUUUUAAUAGUGUAUGUAACCAAAAAAUUUCAAAAAACAAAAUGUUACCUCAACAGUAUUGUUUACGUUGGAGAUACCAUCAUUCAAAUUUACAAACAAUGUUUUCACAGUUACUAGAAAGGGAGGCGUUUUGUGAUGUGACAUUAGCUUGCGAAGGAAAAACUCUUAAGGCACACAAAAUAGUUCUUUCGGCGUGCAGUACAUACUUCGAUACGAUAUUAUCGCAGUACGAGGAAAAGGACCCUAUUCUCAUUAUGAAAGAUGUUAAAUAUGUAGAUAUUAAAUGCUUAGUCGAAUUUAUGUACAAAGGAGAAAUCAACGUAGAUCACUGUCACCUGGCCACACUAUUAAAAACGGCAGAAGAACUUCGAAUAAAAGGCUUGGCGGAAGUCUCGUGGCGAGACGAAGAAGGCAACAAUGACACGAGCGUAAAUGGCGUACAAUCAGCUUUACCAAAUGUAUCUACAGUAAUGGACAGUCCAAAAAACGAACCGCCCAAUAAAAGGAAAAGGGGUCGACCGCCAAUAGACGAUUACGAGCAAGCAUUUACAACACCAAAAAUUACCAGUGUCACAGGGAAUGCGGAGGAAGGUUAUUCGAAUGAUGCGUUGUCAAGUAGUGAUCAAGACUUAUCAAUAUGGGAAGAAGAAUCGGCAGCGAACGACAACGAUCAAACAGAACUGGAUGAACCCCCGCCCAAAAUAAAAUCGGAAUCUCUUCAAGAGGACGAUCUGUUAAUGGAUGACAGCGCUAUGGACCUAGGACCUGACUCAAAAUUUGACUUACAAUCUUCCGGUGGUCAGAAUAAAGGAAAUAAUGGCGCCAAACAAUCAACAAAUUCUUCCAAUUCUGCCACUACGUCAUGCCUCACCGCAGCUAUAGAAAAAGAAUGGCCAGAUGUUAUAAAAAUGAAUGACUAUUUAAGUACGGGCAGAAGACAGCAGUUUUGGGAGGAACCUUUUACGAAACGCGUUAUGGACGCGAUUAAAACAAAAAAUUUAGAAAUGAAGAUUGCCGCCGAACUGUUAGGAGUCUCAUAUGGUACACUUUAUGGCCGAUAUAGGGACGCAUAUGGUUGCUUGAAACAUCCUUACAGAGUAAGAGAUUUUUGGAGUGAGCAAGGUCCAACAGACAUCCUUUUAAAAUUGAAGAGAAAGGAAGUAACACUAUUUCGUGCAGCAGAACAGUUAAAUGUUACGCCGCAAACGUUAUCGAACUAUUUAAUUUCGAUGUCACAGCUCGAUAACGAAACAAUGACUCCCCACGGAAGCAUUGACAAGUACGAUGACGGAGAAUCAGACGAAGAUGGAGAUAGUAUUUUACCCGAUCUGCCUUCAAAUAUAAAUGUAUAUAAAAAUAUGAAAUCUUCAAAUAAUUCUCCAGCAUCGUCGACAAGUAACGCUACCACUUCGGUACUUGCAAACUGUCCUGACGUGACGGUUAUUAAAAAGGAAAAAUUGGAAGGACUGAUUGGAAAGAUGAAUAACAAUUCGGAUCAUUCCAGUUCGCAAUCUAAUAAUUCGGAUCAAAUACAGAAAUAACUAUAUUCUUCUAAACAUUUCCAAUUUUAGUAUUUUAUACAGACCAAAGUAAAUUUUGUACUGUUUCGUUGUAUUUUAUUUUUAGUUAAACGUAAUAGAAUGAAAAACAUUGUAGUGAUAUCGAAAAUACCAAAUUGUCUGUUAUGAAAUAACACUGUAUAUUACAUUUGCGCAAUAUUGGCAGUUGUAGUCUAGUAUUAGGAACAUAUCACAGAGUCCCGUGGACCCUCUGACGCACUGAAUUAACAUUGCAAUCCUACAUUAGUGCUUUAACUAGUAGGUCGUUUGGUAAAAUAUCUGCUCUCCUCUCAGUAUUUGUAUUUUGUGUGCAUUAUUAUUUGUACAGGGCGAGUAUCGUGCCCCUUAGAUAUGUAAGUCUAUUUUUAGAAUAUUAUUUAUGUACCUAUGUAUUGUUCGUAGGUUUAGGAUUGUCAUAUAUUUAUAUCAAGCAUAUAAGCUAAGGGUUCAUGUUUUCCUACUACAUCAUACAUAAACAGAUCAUAUAUUAUUUGUUGAGUGCCUAAUAUUUGUGUUUUUUACAUAUAUUAUAAAUAGAUUUAUUUUAUGUAUCUAUCGAUCUGGAUUUUAAGUACAUAUCCUUUUUGGUUUUAGGACUACAUUCUAAAGAAUAAUUAAUAUUACGUAUAGAAUUAAUUAGUUAGUGCUACAUGAUGCACAAGACUCUAACGAUAAGGAAUUUGAACUGUAUUGUAAAUAAUAAUAGUGAUAGUAACAUA